CUGCAUGUCACAAUCACACGGGACCGGGUUUAAAGUCGAAGAUACUCCCAGCUUAUAUUACAACACAACACCACCACAUUGCGAUAUACCCUAUACCUACACGAUAUCAUAUACCCUGGUUUUAUAGUCCAGACACACAUUACUCCGGGACUGUAAAGAUGGCACAACCUCCCCCCUACGGCGACAAGAGUAAUUUUGGUAACCCUGGGUAUGGCCAGCAACAGUACCCACCACCCCAGGCCGGCUACCCCCCACAGCCACAGUAUGCGCCACAGCCAGCCGGGUAUGCGCCACAGCCAGUCGGGUAUGCCCCACAGCCGCAGAUGAUGGCACAACAGUCUGCUACCAACGUGGUUGUUGUUGGCGGUCAGCCCCAGCAGACAGUUAUUGUAGAACGCCAAGGGGUGAACCACGUGCUUCACUGCAUAAUAUCCCUCUUCUUCUGGCCCUGGGUGAUUGUCUGGAUCAUUCUGUGCAUUACGGAUAACUGAGCACCGUCACAACGCCAGCAACGAUUAAGAUAUCAGAAGAAGAAACUGACCUUUAAUGACAUAUGACAAAUCUAUGUUUUGUAUACCAUUCAUCCUUCAUUGAACACUGGUGAAUUGAAGCUGAGCAGGCCAUACUUUCCACUUCCCUCAUAAAGAUCGGUAGUCAGUGGGCAGUGUAAUACGAUUCAAAUAUCUUACCAACAUUUCGUUUCAGCUGUUAUAGUAACUGUUGGUCAAACAAUUCACCAAUCGUGUAAGGUAUCACCGAAAAAACACUCAGCAAACUAUAUAUAAUAUAUAUAAAGCAACUUAUUGAACAUAUCAAUAAUCAUCGUUGCGGGAUUUUCUAUAUUUUUUCUCUUUUAAACGGCCGGGCGUUUGUUUCUUUCAGACCUUUUUUUACAGACGGCGAUAAUAAUGGGGAGCAUUCCGAGCAUAAAAACUAUCUGUUUAAUCGAGGCCCGGCGUUUGGUCGAGAUGCCGGCGUUUAUUAUGUACGGUAACUCUCGUGUAGGCAAUGAACAGCACCUGUUGUCAUGAGACUCAGCAUGUAUUAGUAUUGUUACGCUUUAAAUUUGAAGAGAUAUCACCUGCAUCUUCAUCAACUACGAAUCAUAUCGAUGUUAUUAUUUUUAGUUUUAUUUUUUAUACGGAUAUAUCAUUAUCAUACGUGACUUACAAUCUUGCAAUAUGAUGACAUAUGUCAAGCAUUUUAAAAAAAACCUUCCAAGUCGUUUGAUUGAUUUGUUGAUGUAAAGAUAUUUCUGAAUGAAUAAAGAGAUUUUGUUAAAUUUGUAUUUUUUCGUUUUUUAUGUUGGAUGGUAGUGUGGCAUGUUAUUUUGCUGUUGUUAGCGGUAUCAAUGCAUUAUAUGUUUAGAAUUAUCUCCCUUGAAUACACGAAGGGAGACCACCCAAAGUUACAAGUUUUAUGUUGGAGCCUGCAAGUAGAAGUGGAUGCAUUUGAUACCACUGAAUUGUUUAGGUUGUGAGAUGACGUGGACUCCAUGACGUCCAACGGGUCAACACAUGCAGAUGACGGUCCGAUGCAGGAAGUCGUUCCGGGUGGCGGUCAGCAGUUUGAUGUCCACUUUGUUGCAGCACACCCCCAGCCCGACAUACACACUCUCUUCCCUUCAUGUCCGACAGAAGUGGCGGAGAUUUCACAGGGCUCCCAUUCAGAUCCUGAAUCGACAACGACGGAGACAGCGCAUCAUCAUCUACCUCCAUACCCCACCAACAUCCCCAUCAUAGUGCCUCUGGAUUCAGAGGACGUCCCAGAGAGUGACCAGCAAUACAACCGGUUACCCCCAUACCCACUGAACAUACGGCCCAUCAUGCCGACUGACUACGACCAGUUGAACACUUCCCCAACGCUACACAUGUCGGAGUCUUCUGACAGACAUUGGAGUCUGCCUCUGUUUGAAGGUGAUGAUGACCUUGGACAGAUGCCUUCAGCUUGUAAUGGAGGACAUCCUAUGCCACUGCCACCCGUCUAUCCAGUAACUCCAUUGCAGGUGCUCGUCGAGACAGCUACCUCGGACAUUUCCACUGACGACACCCAUCCGCUGCAUCGGAGAUUGACGCUGCCACAGCUUGUCUUCACACGACGUGAAGAGGGAGUCAACCACCUGUUGCAUCUCCUCGUGAGCAUCCUGUUCUGCCCCUGGUUCAUCUUCUGGAUGAUGUUGUGCCUUCAUGAACGUUCCUCCAGACGGAGGCCCAGACACAGGGGGGUCAAACGAUGGGUAUAAACACCACCAGGGCAGCAUAGGCAGGAGAAAGUGGAUUUUACUUUUUUUGACAUUGAGAAAUUCAUAUGGUGUGUUAUGGGUAAUGCAUCUUUUCAUAUUAAGUACACAAUGCCUCUUUGUACAGAUUGUUUUUAAUAAACCAUGUUAUCUGA